AUGCUAAUCAUGCCCGAACAUUGGCAGUUUGUAUUUACUAUGGUGUUGGAUUUUCGAAUGAAGGUGUUGGUACAAGUCGCAGCAGAAUUGAUGGAAAUGAAAAUAGAUACGAAUGGGAUAGAGAUUGAGGAGGUGAUGUUUAAAAAGACACUUAGAAGAGGAUUACAACAAUUUAGCAAGAUUGUAGAAGCUAAGAAAAAACUAGAUUCAGAAGAUGUUUUUUUAUUAUAUGACACCUAUGGAUUCCCAAAGGAUUUGACAAACCUAAUGGCAGAGGAAAAGAAUAUUGAAGUUUCAAUGGACAACUUUGACAAAUUGGUUGAAGAGGCCAAAGAAAAGAGCAGAACCAGGAAGGAGUCACCAAUUACCAUUAAUUUCAACUUUGAGAAAACAGAUGACAGCUAUAAAUAUGAUGGGAAUGGAAUUAGUGCACACUUGCAGGGGAUUGUGUUGAAUAAUGAGCUUGUUGAUAGUCUGGAAGAGAAUAAGAAGGGAUAUUUAAUUUUUGACAGGACAUGCUUUUACUCAGAAUCAGGAGGUCAGGUGGGAGACAAGGGCUUGAUUACAUUUUUAUCGAAUGGGAAGAAAGUAGGUGGAAAGACAUCUUCAGAAUGUACUUUGGAGUUUGAUGAGACUAGAAGAGAAAAGAUCAGGGCCAAUCACUCAGCUGGCCAUCUCCUGGGACAUUUCAUAAGGGAUUUUGUUCCAGAUGCAGAGCAGAGGGGAUCAUACUUGGAUGAAUUUAAAACAACAUAUGACUUCACAUCUAACAAGCUUUCAGAUGAGGUGCUUAUGCAGUUGGAAACGAAAAUGAAUGAUUUUGUAAGAUCGAAUGGAUCAGUUGAAGUUUUGAAUGUUAAAAAGGAUGAACUAGAUUCAUCAAUUACACAUAUGAAGAAUGUAGACUAUCCAGAACUUAUCUUUGUGGAGGGACACAUAUGGAAACAGCAGUCAGUGCAGGAGUGA